GGUGCGGUUGGUAACGGGGACGCUACCUUGGUAGAUCAUUAAUCCGAUUAGGUUUUGACCUACUGUGUGUAUAUUUUCUGGUUGGAAAAGGGCGCGGGUUCAGAGCCGGAAAUCUCGGCUAGUAUCAAUCGCGGCACAAUGACGUCGCUGAUCAGAAGCACGACAGCGAUUCACUCCACACCCGGUACAGUCGUAGGCACGCGCACGCGUGCACUUGCCCGACAAUACGUGCUCCCCUCCCCUCUCUCCGUGGUCGCUCUCUCCAGAACCAUUUUUCCUCUAUCCCCGCUUUAUCGUUUCCUUUUACUCUCUCCGUCAGAAAUUUUACCCUCACUCCGGCAUCUCCGUUGGUUCUUGGAGCAUCUUCAUCCCCUUCUCUCUCGGUCGCGUUCGCUGGCUGGCUGGCCGAGUGAUUUCCUUUCCUCUUUGUCUCUCCUGCUCCUCGAUAUCCUCCCUCCUCCUCGCAGACCCGACCAGGCGCGCGCGGUUUCUGUCUCAGUCUCUCGCUCGAAGCGGUCCCGUUGCGACCUGUGCUGCGUUCCACUCGAUAGAUUGCGGCUGGUCCAGGUCUCUCGGUGUCUAUUUCUCGUCCUGAUCGUCCCAUAACCUCCAUAUGUUUCGAACGUGUUCGGUCGAGGUCGCCGGGAUAAAAAGAUGAACCGCGCGAGGAAAGAAGCGUGGCGGCUAGACGCUGCUCGGCCGAGAUAGCGGCGAAGAAGGGAUCGCCAGCCGACAGAGAAACAGUGUAUUGCUAUUUUCGAGACGCCGUGGAGCCCGGCCAACGCGUGCGUCCGGCGUCCGGCGUCCGGUUCACGGUACGGACAAAAAAAGAAAAUCAACGAGGAUUCGCGGGUGGAAGGUCGUCGGGAAAAACCGCGACGCGACGGAUAGAUCCUACGAUCUGCCGCUCUCCUACGUCCGGAGAUCUUCUCCGAGUUGAAACACCGAAUCUUUCCUAGCUAAAGUGUCGACGUACGAGUGCCAACACCGUGAAAGUUGAACGUUUCGAAGAGUUGAAUUAGCGCGAGUGAUCUUCGAGUCUCUCGAUCCCGCACGAUCGUCCCGGCCGGAGUAUUGACCCGCAUUAACCCGCGGAUUCCCUUGGAAAAAUCCGUUGCGAGUUGCAAUUAACUAAAUCUCUUUAAAAUUAACUUUCUUUUCGACAGAAUCUUUUUAACAGUAGAUUUAACAAGAUCGAGAACGACUUUAAGCGAUUGCUUCGGUUGCAUCGUCCGAUCGACGAUGAUUGUGCGGGAUCCGUCGACGAUCGAACCCGUUAAAUAGAGUUCAGUUUCGAAGAGAGAAGACAGGAAAGCGACGAUGACACUGUCGAAGACUUAACCAUGUUUGCGAGUCACUUUGCUACGACCGUUCCAGCUCUUUGUCAAUUGCUCGCCAUGGAGAUUGGCCUGUGGAGAGUGUACGAUGUUGGAAGGUGGACGUGCAGUGGUCUGGCUCCUUGUAUCAGUCCCACGAGCUGCACGCCACCCGAAAGAUUCACGUACUAACCCAAUUGUACCUGUUUGAACCCACCAGUUGCAGAGCCCUGCACCGUAACCUCAUGACGCAUUUAACACAUGGCCCGCCUGGAGAUACCAAGCAUAGUGGUGCAUAAAGGCAGCAGGUCGCACAGUCGACCUGAGAGUCCCACGGUGGUGGUGCGAGGAGGAGGAGGAAUGCCCUCGGUGCCAUCCUCGAGACAAGGCUUCGUCGUAGGUAGCCCAAACGUGUCAUAUCAGAGCAGCACGGAAUCGGACAUGAUAGACGGGAAUGUCAAUCCCAAUGUCGGCUCUUCUCCCUCGCUCCACCGUACCUCGCCCUCCUGCCCACCCGAUAGAUCCGACACAGAGAACAAAAACUUUCGUAAUAGGACGAAUACGAAAGUAAAGUUACUGGUCAGGAGCCAUGCCAUGAGAGAGUCGACGUCUCCCCCGAGGGAACCACACAACGGUUCCUCGUCUCCGCACAGUCCUCAGUCAGUGGACGGCGACAAGAAGUUCGUGGGUAACCCAAACUCCACCAAGAUCAAUAACAACGAGUCGAUGUUCAACAGCAAUCUCUGUCCGAAUCAGUCCCCGAAGCAAAUGCGCAACACGGCCACCUCGCCCACCUGUCGAGCCCCGUCACGAAACGGUCAAUCUAGUCCUUCUCAAGUCCACUCGCCAAAGAAUAACACUUCGCCGACGAACGGUAAUAAGACGGAGUCCCAGCGUUCCAAGACUGGCAACAACAUCAUCCAGAAAUGCAAUAACUGCGUGAAGAACAAUCAAAAUGAACGACCCGGAUUGCUACAAACGCCCGUGUCACCCUCCAAGUCCGGCCAGGUGUUGCAACACUCGCCGAAGAGCACGAACCUGGUCCAGAACGCGCAAAACAAUCAACACAGGUCUGAACAACGCAGACCAAACACACUCAACAUCUGCAAUAAUCAAUGCAACACGCAAUGCGGCAACACUUUAUCCGUGAGCAGACCUGGCUCACGGCACAAGCUGAGGCAUCAAAAUUCUUCUCAGGGUAGCUUCGACAGCGUCUCUCCCUGCCUCUCGCGAGAUAGCAGCACGGAACUGUACACGGACAGCACCGGAAUAGAUCUGGAGCAUUUCAUUGCUGAAACCAUAAAUCGUAAUCAGAAGGAUCGCACGGUGCUGUUGAAGAUCGAGAAAGAUCUGAUCGAGUUCGCGAGGGACAAGCAAAAGGUCUGUCACAAGUUCCCGAACAUGUCCUCGUACAAUAGAAUGUUGGUUCAUCGUGUGGCUGCUUACUUUGGCAUGGAGCAUAACGUUGAUCAGUCUGGCUCGAGCGUGAUAGUGACCAGGACGAGGAACAUGCGAAUACCAAACACCCGUUUCAAGGAGCACAUCCGGGACGAUCUGAUUCUGUCGGAGGAGCCGCGCAGGAGUAUCCUGAAACGAGACUCGAGCUCGUUCGAGGACAGUUUUAAUUUCAAAUCGCCUGACAGACUGUCUGGGGAUUAUUGCCGGCAAAGCAAGAGUUACGAGGAAAGGGAAGAGGAGUACGAACGCGCCAGGCGAAGAAUAUUCAAGGACAGCAGCGGAGAAGGCAGCGAGAUCACUUCCUGGCCUUAUUGGUCCUCUUCCGAGAGCUCCGACGCAUCAGCGAGAUAUCGUUUGUUACAUCCCUCGGAUCACACGAUGAGGCAAACGAAGCUCUUGAAAGGGGAAUCCUUCGAUGGAAGAGAGUCCUGCCGGGGCGGAGUUUUGAGACCAUCUGUUUCCAAGUCCUUCAGCUUCGGUGGUUACACCAGAGGCAUGCUUUCCAGGGGGGAUAGCGUCACCUCUACUCACAGUGCUGGAGCUCGUCUCAUGAAGCAAGACUCGGGUGCUAGCAUGUGUUCACGACUGAGCCCAUCGAGCAGCGGCUACAAAUCGCAAAGCCAGCGCAGCGACGCGACGAUAUCACCGUCUCCGUCGCCAUCGCCCGUGGCUAACAUGACAUGCAGUCAUACGCAAGUAUCUAGUCAGGAUCUCGCUUCGCCGGAAUCGAUUAACCAAACGGUGAUGUGGGCGGUCACCAGUAUAUCCAGCGUGCCACCCGGUAGCAUAAUCAUAAAUCCGCAAACGAAUCAGCCGUACACAAAUCCGGACGGUUCGAUUUAUCGUUUCGAUCCGGAGAAUCCGCCAAAAUUUUAUACCGCCGCUGCAUCGCCGCACGAGAACGACGGGAAUCACGUGUCUCACGCAAAGAACGUCGAGCCAUCCGAGCCAUCCAAACAAACGAAUAAUAUUAAAAACGAAGGGAAAAAGAGGUCGCAUUCGAACAGAAUUUGCCAAGGCAAUGUAUCGACGGUCACUCACACGACGAACACGGCAACCUCGCCAAGUUUGCCGUUCACGCCGCCGCCGCAGCAUAAUCCAGGACCUCCUCAGCAGCACCAGCAACAGCAACACCACCACCAACAGCAGCAUCAACAUCAACCGCAGCAGCAACAAACUCUAGUCAAAUCGUCGUCGACGGUGCAAACUUGUAAUCACAACCAAACAGCUCAACAAUAUACCACCUACAUACCUACCUCAGAACCGUACAACCAGGGUGUCUACCCACCCUCCGUGGGCCAGCAAACUGUGAUGAUGGCUCCUCAUCCGAGCCAGGGUCAAGCCAAUGUACAGAAUAAUGCCCAAGGGGAUGUAUUUAAUCAGAACUCGAUUUACGCGAAUUAUGCAGUACCUGUGCAGCAAGGACCAGUGUCGCAAACAACGGAAAUAACUGAAUUAUCUGGAUAUUUUAUGGGCAUGAGUAUUUACGACCAGCGAGUAAAUGGUGAAAAUCAUUCUACACCACCGCAUUCUUAUCCACAACCACAACCAGCCACUAACCAAGCGGUGCAAAGUGUACAGACAAUGCCGCAAAAUUACUGGCAACCACCAGCCAACUCAAUUCCGCCACAACAGACGAUGUAUUUUGUACCUCCACCUGGUACAGCACUAUCGGUCAGUCAGGGUCCAGGUGAUAGGCAGCCGUUGCAUCAACAGCAAAGAUACUCGACGAAUUAUUCUUUUAACUCGCAAAAUAUGACGCCACCGAAUCAAUCGAAUUCCAAUUAUGUGGGCAGUUAUCCAGUUCCGUAUAAUUCCGUGCCCACUGUCACACCGACACCAAGCGACUACACGUAUCAACCACCGGUUCACAUGGUCCCCACCUAUUACCCACCAGGGCAAGCGGCGAUUCAACCACCACCCGUCAUGUACAGAGUACCCACGCCACCAAACACUCCCACUUCGAAUCAGAUGUCUGGGAUGCCAUUGAUGUACGUAAAUUCCGGCAGUUAUCCACCGCCAACGAUGGUGUCUAACGGAACGUUUGGCCACCAAGUCGGACACAACGGUGCAUCCCCUGCGCCUCCUGGAACAUACAUGACUCCCGCGCUGGUUCCCAAUCUCGUUUUUAGACAAAACGUUCCUGUUGUUGCUGGUGUUCGAGCUUCGACGCCAGGUAACUCACAGAGAACUAGCAGGUCGCCAACUCCAGCACACGAACUGUUCGGAACUGGGAGCGGGGACAGAAACGCACAAACCCAACCACGGUACCCACUGCCAAUGUAUCAGGGUGUCCAUAUUGUACAAGGGGAUAUGAGAUUGAUGCAUCCCGGAGUACCAGCAAAUCCGCGAUUGCAAUACGCGCCAGUCCCAUCACCACCUGUUGUUCAAGGUUGUCCAAGACCAUAUCGACCACCUUCAUACUCGUCGAACACCUCAGGCCCUGGUACUCCCACCUCGUUCGAUGGGAGAAAUCAGAAAAUACGUAAACAAAGGUCCAAAGUGGCACCGUUGCCACCGACUGGCGUGCGGCCCAAUCUUUAUCAGACUCCUUCCAUGCCGUCGCUCUCGUCUAAUGUACCCAAAGAUCUCAGAGAAGCGAAACCUGUGGAAGACAAUAUGAUAUAAGGGACCGUGAAGGUGACAAUCACCCGUCGAAAUCAACUGGUACAAUAUUAGGUAGCUGGGUCAACCGGAUGUGGACAGCGUCGAACAUGAAAUACGAAAAGAUAAUUAACCGUUGCAGCUAAUAAAAAAAAAAGGAACCGAACAUUCAACACACGGUUCAUUCGAUAUACACACGAUUCUUACUAAUUAAUAUUAACCGUACCUUUAAUUAUCUAAGAGACGAAGGUAAAAAAGAAGCACACACCGCCAGAGUAUAAUAAUCAUUCACGUCACGAAUCGAAGAGAAACGAAGAACAAGAACGAAACAAACUAAAAUAACAAAAGCAAAAGAAAAUAAACAAAAAAAUGUUACGUCUCUUUUGAUAAAAACGCGGAGAUUGAAAACGAUUGUGCUCGAACUGUUGCAACUAAUCAGAAAGAGAAAGGGAAAAACAAAGGAAUAUACAUACAUAUAUGCGUGUGUGUAAAAAAAAAAUAAUAAAAAGGAUAAUGAAUGCGUUGAUUUUUGUUUCCUUUUUUUUUUGACAUGGAGCACGAUAUACACAAUGGUACACCGAACAGAGAGUUACUGAAUAGAAUUUUACCUAUUGCAAUUAUUAUAUACAGUAUAUUAUAUUAUAUCUGGAGAUAUAUAUAUAUACAUAUAUAUUAUAUAUAUAUACAGUAUAUUAUAUUAUAUCUGAAGAUAUUUUAAUCGCGGUUUUACAGAUAACUAUAUGAAUGUGAGAUUUAAUUGUAAGGAAAAGGUACUUUUAAAAUGAACACACACGGGGAUUACCCGAAGCGGUCCUCAUAACAGUCUACAAGGCCGACAAGGAAAUCCGCAUAUAAUUAAAACAAUAAUAAUAAUAAUAAUUAAUGUACGAGUAUUAUACACGUUACUGAGUACGUUUACAACUUGCUGUCCAAUCAGAUCUAUCGGAUUGGUUCUGCAUGUAUUCAGGAAUGAUCAUUGCUCACUGAUUCUUCUGCGAACUGCCACCAAAGCGUUGCUUUAAUCUUAAACCAAAAAAAGGAAAAAAGUAAUAAAAAAUAAAAAAUAACAAAAAUUGCUGCCAGUUGUGAUUCGCGGCAUCAAAUUGUUUGCUACCUCAAUUUUGAUAUUGAAAACGUUUUAGACGUUAUCGGUCUUUUACAAAUGUUACAAAACUCCCAUGUGAAAACUUCUGAUUCUUUUUGUCUGACAGUCAAAGAAGAGACUCUUUCUCAGAUAUAUGUAACCAAAGGUUUAGCAAUAUUUUCAAUGCGAGUUGUUAUAUCAGGUCAUUUCACAAGUAUUUUUAUUCUUUUGUGCAAUUAAGUAAAUUUCGUUGGUGGCAGAUAUGUAAUAACAAAGUGGUCAUCGUCUUGUUUCAUCUCUUUAUUAAUUUUUUAUAUACGUAAAGCAGGCAGUGCCUAAUAUAAAUUAAUUUUCUUUGCCUUGUUUCACCGAAAACUAUUAUCCGUCUUGCUCAAACUCUCUUCAAUGACUGACGGAAGACUGAAUGUAAAGAAUUGAUGAACGUCUUGCGGAUUGAAUGGGUCAGACUAUUAUUAAGUAUGCUUAAAUUGCAAAAUCUUAUGAAACGACCUGAUACGUAAAAUUUUUGUAUCCCCCUUUUUUCUUUUCAGUUAGUAUUGUAAUCUAUUAUUGAUCUUGCAUCGACUUUUGACUUUUGACGAUCACUUUGGUACAAGUAAACGUUGCUCGAAUGAAUCUGUAAACGUAUUCAGUACAUGGUCUAUGUAUCUAGUUCGACACAGUAGUCAAGUAGCGCGAAACCAUCACAGCUUAGCUAUCACGAUAGAAACCUGCCUCGCCAUGUGUCUUUUCGAUAUCGUUUUGUCUUUGUUUCGUUUGUACAGAGGGGAUCGAUAUUGAAGUUUAGCCGAAAUGAGACGCAACGUUACGCAACAAAGUUUAUUUCUAAGUAGCAUAACGCGACUACAGAUCUCACACACGGUGUAACUAUAAUUCGUCUUCCAAGCUUUUCACGGCACGCUUCUUGUAUCCUACAGAUGUCCGAGCUACGCGAACCGAAACACUUUUCAAAGCCCGAUUCUACCAAAGAAGCAAUACGUGUGUAUCAGUUCGUCGGCAGUGAUGGUGACGCGUGAUCGUCGUAAUUAAAAAUAAUGUCUCCGUCUGUGAAAAAAAAAAAAAAAAAUAAAGAAAAUAAUAACAAUCUACGGAUCAACGCGAACCUUUGUUCACGUCUCGGCGAGUUCUUUCGGUCGUUCGUGGACCCGAUUUCGAAUCCAGCGUUACAAGAUUCGAGUUUUAGUUCGUCGUACCGAUCGAUCGUUUCUCUGGAGGAGAGAGAGGAGCGCGUUGUUCCGAAAGAGAAACCAAGUGGAAUCCAUCCAGAAGCUUCGCUUACGGUGAAUUGUACUUCAGGACGUAGGUGAAGGUGUGCCUAUCUUUUUAUGAGAGUUCGAUUUGAACGAAGAUCGCGACCUUUUAUUCUAUUCUGCGGGAGAAGCGACGAAAGAGAGGCACUACUUUCUUCUUAAAGAAGCGUGAUAAAUUUUAAUUAAAAAGAAAAAAAAAAGUCGUAGGUUUAAGCGCGGAGAAAACGAGAGCGACCUGAGCAGUUACGUUAGUCAGAUUAAACGCUAUUCGACGUUUCGAUUAUAAAGAGAUGGGCGCACAACCAUAGUGUUUAACUGUACCUAAAGUCGUCGUAGUGAUUAAUGAAGAUAAUUGUACCUAUAAAGAAAACAAAGAAAAAAGUUCACGAAUCUCUCUAAGACAUAAUUAACAAGAAAGAAACAAGAAAUGAAAACACGAAACAGGAAUAUCGGCUAUCGAGAGAAACCGUCUGCAAGCGGCGUCUGUACACACAGUAUAUCCCAUAAUAUGUAAAUAGUAAUACUGCGUAAAAAAAAUGAAUCGAAAACG